AUGUUUUACUCGGGGCUGCUGACCGAUAGGAAGGACAUGGACGUGAGGGAAGCCGCAGCCCUCCGGCAGCAGAGGAGGAUGAAGCAGGCCGUCCAGUUCAACCACAAGGACUCCGCCGACUUGCUGCCCUUGGACGGACUGAAAAAACUGGGAACUUCAAAAGAUACGCAACCACACAACAUUUUGCAGAAACGCCUCAUGGAAACAAAUAUGUCAAGAUUGCGGCACAGUCGAGGGACAUGCUCUCAGAAAAAUGAUCUCUCAGCUCAGACAAAUAAACUGAAUCAAAUGAAACUGGAUAGUCCCCCCAAGACAGAGGAAGAGGAUCUCAUUCUCAUAUGCUGCCAGUGUAAUGGGAAGGAAUUGCAAGUUGUGGUUAAUACUGGAUGCCAACGCAAUAUAAUUUCAUCUGCAUGUCUGGAGAGAUUAGGGUUAAAAGAGCAUAUGAAAACCUGCAAAGCAGAAGGUGAGAAGAUUUCAUUGCCACAUAAUAUGAAAGCGAUUGGACAUCUGGAACAUCUGCCUCUUAUAAUGGGGACUGUCCAUGUAGAUUGUUCUGCAGUUGUUGUGGCUGAUAAUGAGAAAAGCUUCUCUCUGGGAUUACAAACACUGAAAUAUUUGAAGUGUGUGAUAAACUUGGAGAAACAAAAUCUGAUCCUGGGGAAGACAGACAAGGAAGAAAUUCCUUUUGUCAAUAAUGCUUCUAUUCAUGAAGAGAAGUGAGUGUUUUAACUGUCAGGCUGUACUGAGA